UUGACAGGAUCAUCUACUUUCAAAAAAUCGCUCACCCCCGAGAUGCCAGGUUCUUCCGGGCAGCCAGGCUCGCAGACGAUAAAGAAAGGACACAGAGGAGUGGACUCUACGGGCGAAACCACCUAUAAAAAAACGACGUCAUCCGCCCUGAAAGGCGCCAUUCAGCUGGGCAUUACACACACCGUCGGAAGCUUGAGCACCAAACCCGAAAGAGAUGUUCUCAUGCAGGAUUUCUACGUCGUCGAAAGCAUUUUCUUCCCAAGUGAAGGGAGCAACCUGACCCCAGCUCAUCACUACAACGACUUUCGGUUCAAAACCUAUGCUCCGGUGGCCUUCCGCUAUUUCCGGGAGCUGUUUGGGAUCCGACCGGACGACUACCUGUACUCGCUCUGCAAUGACCCUCUCAUUGAACUUUCCAACUCCGGGGCCAGCGGAUCCCUCUUCUACGUGUCCAGCGACGACGAGUUUAUCAUCAAAACCGUUCAGCACAAAGAGGCUGAGUUCUUACAGAAGCUGCUGCCUGGCUACUACAUGAAUCUGAACCAGAACCCGAGAACGCUGCUGCCCAAGUUUUACGGCUUGUACUGCGUCCAGGCCGGAGGCAAAAACAUCCGCAUCGUCGUGAUGAACAACCUGCUGCCGCGCUCGGUCAAAAUGCACCUGAAGUACGACCUGAAGGGCUCCACCUACAAACGCCGGGCAUCCCAGAAGGAGCGGGAGAAGGUUUUCCCAACGUACAAGGACUUGGAUUUUAUGCAGGACAUCCCUGAUGGCCUCUUCUUAGACUCUGACAUGUAUAACGCUCUGUGCAAGACGUUGCAGAGAGACUGUUUGGUCCUGCAGAGCUUUAAAAUCAUGGAUUACAGUUUGCUUGUUGCAAUCCAUAACAUCGAUCUGGCGCAGAGAGAACACGCGCUGGCCGACGGGACGUCCCAAGCCGAUACGCGCCGACCCGCUGCCCAGAAGGCCCUCUACUCCACGGCCAUGGAAUCCAUCCAAGGAGAGGCCCGACGGGGUGGCACCAUAGAAACGGACGACCAGAUGGGAGGUAUUCCAGCCCGCAACGCCAAGGGGGAGAGGCUGCUGCUCUACAUCGGCAUCAUUGACGUGCUGCAGUCCUACAGAUUUGUCAAGAAGCUGGAGCACUCUUGGAAGGCGCUGGUACACGAUGGGGACACCGUAUCUGUGCACAGGCCCAGCUUCUACGCCGAACGGUUCCAACGGUUCAUGUGCAACACGGCGUUCAAGAAGAUACCGCUAAAGCCGUCCCCUUCUAAGAAGAGCCGCUCUGGCACAGCCGUUCCUCGGCGGAGCUGUCAAGGAGGAGUGCCUACCCAGCUGCACGUGUCGUGCGAGACAAAAGCUCAAGUGACGACGGAGGCGGAUAUAGAACAAGGUUCCCACCUUGGUCGCCCAGAUCUCCUGCCCAGGACCCUGCCAGUAGACGAAGCCAACAGCGAUUCCAUCGCCACAACCCUGUCCACGUCCUCCCUGGGCAGCGGAGGCCUCAACUCGCCCGCAAACAGGUAA